AUGAUUAGCGCUAAGUUAGAGCCCGUGUCCCCUAUUGGGUUCAAGAUCAGGGAUGCGACGCUCAGUGAUGUUGGUGACAUUUCGCGGCUGUGGUUCCUCUCCUUCAACCAAUCUCAUAAAUUUUUCCGAUACGCAACUCCAGAGAAUGCAGAAAUUCGAGCAUGGCUUGAAGAAAUAUUUGUCAUCGGGAUCAAGGCUGGACCAUCUGUCUUCCGGACAUUCGUGGUAGAAGACGUCAAAAUGAAUAGCAAACUUGUGGCUUUCUGCAGGAUUCAUGUUCCUCAGCCAGAUGGUAGUCAGGAGAUUCCCAUGCCGGAAUUCCCGGCUGGAUAUGAUCCCAAGAUUGCUGACGGUCUCUGGGGGGGAAUGGAAAGGAAUAGAGCUAGCAUCAUGGGCCGGCAAUUGCAUUGGAGUGAGUGA